UUGGAACGCAUAGACGUUCAGGACGUUUCAACCGGAACCAGAAGUGAUGCGCAAAGCCGGAAGGAGGAAGUGGAACGCAUACAUGGUCCGGUGGAACGCAAGCCGGACGGACCCGCGAAAAACUACACCGGCAAUCAUAUACAUCAGCUGGUGUCAUUAACAGUUCCAAUGAAAAUCGGUCUACCUCUCUGCCCACCAAUGAAAGUCCUUUGGAGUCCAGGCACACCUGAUUGA